AUGUCACGCUCAAUACCAUCCGCUCUCCCCCGCUAUUUCCGCAACCAUCUCUCACCUCCCAAAAUCACCCGCCGCCACCAACACACCAUCUCAGCCGCCGAAGCAGCACAAUCACUGCUCUCGCGCUUCCAAGGCGUGAAAAGCACGACUGAACAAAUCCCCGACGGGACACAAUUGCAAAAACUCAGUCUCACGCUGAACCGAAGCGCCUUGUAUCCGGACCUGGAUGUAUCCCGUCGCACACCCCCGGAUAACACGCUCAUACCACCCGGAUACCACCUCGUGUAUUUCACGCCUGGGGGCGUGGAAGAGGACCUUGGACCCGAUGGGACUGAUGCGAGAUAUAAUGCGCCGUACCCGUUUACGCGGCGGAUGUGGGCGGGGGGAAAGAUGAGGUGGGAAGGAGGUGGGGGGUUGAGGGUGGGACAGGAGGUUAGGGAGAGUACGACGCUUUUGAGUGCGUUGCCGAAGGUUAGGAGGGAUGGACUGGAGAUGGUGCUUGUUCAGGUUAGGAAGGAGUUUGAGAAUGAGGGGGGUGUGGUGCUUGUUGAUGAGCAGUCCUGGAUCUUCCGACCGGAAGCCACAGUCGCGUCGCCAGCGGCGUCAAAGGCGAUCGGUGAUUUUAUUAUCCGUGGCCCUUCGACCGUGAAAGAUAUCCCACAAGUCGAAGGCUACCCCAAGCGCGAACUCCGCUGGUCUCCCACAGGCCUCUUCCGCUUCUCGGCGCUGACGUUCAACGGACACAAGAUCCACUACGACCCGGCGUGGAGCACGGCCGUGGAAGGACAUGCCGGGUGUGUCGUCCAUGGGCCGAUGAAUCUGAUCUGCAUGCUGGAUUACUGGCGCGAUCAUUGUCAGCCGAACGGCCGCGUGCUGAAGGAGAUUGAGUAUCGCGCGCUGGCGCCGAUAUAUGCGGGCGAGACGUAUGAUAUCGGCGCGGAGAGGAUGGGGGAUGAUAAGUGGGAGGUUCUGGUUAGGAAGGAUGGGAAGGUUUGUAUGAGGGGGGAGAUAUUGGCUGCGUGA